AUGCCAACGAUGAUCCCUCGUGUAGCCAGUAACCCAAGGAAUCUUGACCUUCUCCCUGACAUACCACCACCCAUCCUGGAGAUGGGUCAGCCGAGGGCUUGGUAUGAGAGAAAAAAUACAACUGUCUUUUUAAAAAGUGAGGUAGGGUCGUACAGGUUGUUUCUAGACGUAUAUUUUCCUCCCUCUCCCCAGGAUCUGGACAGCUAUUCUACAGACUGGAAUCCCAAUGUCUGCAUGCACACACGCAUAAGCAGACAUACACACUGAAUAGCAAUAGCUAACAAUUAGUUCCUAUAGUUUCUUGUAAAUAACAAUUACAAAUAACCACCAUUAUACAGUAUAGUAUUGUACAUUGUUAUUGUACAAUCUCCUCUACGCAAUUAAAUAAACCUAAUUUGCUUAUGAAUAGCAAUUGUAAAUAACCUCAUGUUAUUGAUAAUGUAUUGUACAGUCAUCUACUCAAUCCACCUGUAAAUAGACCUGAUGAAUACUUUGUCACUCAAGAAUGUUGUCUUCUGUCUAUAGUUACACACUGUCAAAUUAUUUGUUCUAUGAUUGUUUCAUAAUAAUUUUGCACUUACAGUAUUUCAACCUUUUUCUGUAACAUUUGUUUUUAUUAAACAGUGGGUUAGGGUUAGCGAACACAUACACAAAAACAAACAAAACAAUUAAAAAUACAUGGACAGAAUUCUCUAGAUCAGUCAGCCAAGAUCGAAUCCUUUAUACUGGCAAUUAGGGUCAGGGAAAGCAUCUCCGAUGCGCCACAUGCAGGAGCUUGGAAUAACAAUUCUGUGACCGUGCCGAAAAGUGCCAUGCUGUCAACAGAUUAACUGCCGGGAGCCAGCAUGCCUGUUCUCCGAAUGGUCUUCUCCCUGUUCCUCGCUCUCAUCCAGGGCUAACAGAUCAUUCCUGCAAACCCUGAUGUUCCUCAGGUUUCCAGGCUCCAGGCAGUAAGUGUAUAUGUGCGAUGUUAUACUGAUGCAGGUGUUUGGCCCUCCACCACAGCACUUCUUCUCAAUGUCAGUUGGCAUUUCACAGCACCUGCCACAGGUGCACCAAAAGGCACCUCCACCUCCCUUGUUGGCCUGGAUUAGAUAUUUUAUUUUUUAUUUCACCUUUUAUUUAACCAGUUAAGUUCUCAUUUACAACUGCGACCUGGCCAAAAUAAAGCAAAGCAGUGCGAUUUAAAAACAACAACACAGAGUUGCAUAUGAGGUAAACAAAACAUAAAGUCAAAAAUACAACAGAAAAUAUAUAUACAGUGUGUGCGAAUGUAGUAUAUUAUGGAGGUAAGGCAAUAAAUAGCCCAUAGUGCAAAAUAGUUAAUUUCGUAUUAACACUGGAAUGAUAGAUUUGCAAAAGAUGAUGUGCAAAUAGAUACUGGGGUGCAAAUGAGCAAAAUAAAUAACAAUAUGGAGAUGAGGUAGUUGGAUGGGCUGUGUACAGGUGCAGUGAUCGGUAAGCUGCUCUGACAACUGACGCCUAAAGUUAGUGAGGGAAAUAAGAGUCUCCAGCUUCAGAGAUUUUUGCAGUUCGUUCCAGUCAUUGGCAGCAGAGAGCUGGAAGGAAUGGCAGCCAAAGGAGGUGUUGGCUUUGGGGAUGACCAGUGAGAUAUACCUGCUGGAGCGCAUACUACGGGUGGGUGUUGCUAUGGUGACCAGUGAGCUAAGAUAAGACAGGGAUUUGCCUAGAAGUGAUUUAUAGAUGACCUGGAGCCAGUGGGUUUGGCGACGAAUAUGUAGUGAGGGCCAGCCAACAAGAGCGUACAGGUCACAAUGGUGGGUAGUAUAUGGUGCUUUGGUGACAAAAUGGAUGGCACUGUGAUAGACUACAUCCAAUUUGCUGAGUAGAGUGUUGGAGGCUAUUUUGUAAAUGACAUUGCCGAAGUCAAGGAUCGGUAGGAUAGUCAGUUUUACGAGGGCAUGUUUAGCAGCAUGAGUGAAGGAGGCUUUGUUGCGAAAUAGGAAACCGAUUCUAGAUCUAACUUUUGAUUAAGAUGCUUAAUGUGAGUCUGGAAGGAGAGUUUACAGUUUAACCAGACACCUAGGUAUUUGUAGUUGGCCACAUACUCUAGGUCAGACCCGCCGAGAGUAGUGAUUCUAGUCGGGUGGGCGGGUGCAAGCAGCGUUCGGUUGAAGAGCAUGCAUUUCGUUUUACUAGUGUUUAAGAGCAGUAGGAGGCUACAGAAGGAGUGUUGUAUGGCGUUGAAGCUCGUUUGGAGGUUUGUUAACACAGUGUCCAAUGAAGGGCCAGAUGUAUACAAAAUGGUGUCGUCCGCAUAGAGGUGGAUCCGAGCGUCACCAGCAGCAAGAGCAACGUCAUUGAUAUACACAGAAUAGUCGGACCACAUCAAAAAUGUUCUCUCCAGCAUCAUCAUCAAGACACCAUGCCUCUUUCUCUCCAACAGCUGUUCAAGAUGCACCUAAAGUUAAUGAGUACCAGAGGUGACAAUCUGGUCUAGAUUUGGUUUAGUCUAAUCAGACAUGGUGUAAUGUGGCUUACAAACCUCCACCUGUGCACGUCUAUCUUGACGACGAUGAUCAAUCCUCUCCCUGUCAGCCAGGGAUAUUUCCCCAAUUCUGCCCCUUCUAUCUCUCCUCCUGUUCGCUCCCCUGGCCCUGUUUGAUCCUCUUGCCCUGCUCGCUACAUGGGCCCCUGUCUCUUCACUGGCCCUCAGCAAUUCUCCAUGGACCCUUGGACCUCUGUCCCUGGCUCUCCUUCUCUGUGUAGACCUAUGUGUGCCAUGUUCAGGCAGCAGAUUCACCUAAAAGCAAUCAUUCAAGAAUCAGGAUCACCUUACCCGCCAAGUACAUUUACAUGUACAUUUACCAUGUUCACGGUAGGGGUGGUGCCAGGUUUCCUCCAGACGUGAAGCUUUGCAUUCAGGCCAAAGAGUUCAAUCUUGGUUUCAUCAGACCAGAGAAUCUUGUUUCUCAUGGUCUGAGAGUCCUUUAUGUUCCUUUUGGCAAACUUCAAGCGGGCUGUCAUGUGCCUUUUACUGAAGAGUGGCUUCCAUGGAGUGCUGCAGAGAUGGUUGUCCUUCUGGAAGGUACUCCCAUCUCCACAGAGGAACUCUGGAGUUCUGUCAAGGCCCUUCUCCCCCGAAUGCUCAGUUUGGCCGGGCGGACAGCUCUAGGAAGAGUCUUGGUGGUUCCAAACUUCUUCCAUUUAAGAAUGAUGGAGGCCACUGUGUUCUUGGGGACCUUCAAUACUGCAGAAAUGUUUUUGUACCCUUCCCCAUAUCUGUGCCUCGACAUAAUCCUGUCUCGGAGCUUUACGGACAAUUCCUUCGACCUCAUGGCUUGGUUUUUGCUCUGACAUGCGCUGUCAACUGUGGGACCUUUAUAUAGACAGGUGUGUGCCAUCCAAAUCAUGUCCAGUCAAUUUAAGGUGGAUUCCAAUCAAGUUGUAGAAACUUCUCAAGGAUGAUCAAUGGAAACAGGAUGCACCUGAGCUCAAUUUCGAGUCUCAUAGCAAAGGGUCUGAAUACUUAUGUAAAUAAGGUAUUUGUUUUUUAUUUUGAAUACGUUUGCAAAAAUUAAAAAAUAUCCUGUUUUAGCUGUGUCAUUAUGGGGUGUUGUGUGUAGGUUGAUGAGGAUAUAUAUUUUUUUUAAUAAGGCCCUAACGAAACAAAAUGUGGAAAAAGUCAAGGGGUCUGAAUACUUGUCGAAUGCACUGUGUGUAUAUACAGUGGGGAAAAAAAGUAUUUAGUCAGCCACCAAUUGUGCAAGUUCUCCCACUUAAAAAGAUGAGAGAGGCCUGUAAUUUUCAUCAUAGGUACACGUCAACUAUGACAGACAAAAUGAGGGAAAAAAAUCCAGAAAAUCACAUUGUAGGAUUUUUAAUGAAUUGAUUUGCAAAUUAUGGUGGAAAAUAAGUAUUUGGUCAAUAACAAAAGUUUCUCAAUACUUUGUUAUAUACCCUUUGUUGGCAAUGACACAGGUAAAACGUUUUCUGUAAGUCUUCACAAGGUUUUCACACACUGUUGCUGGUAUUUUGGCCCAUUCCUCCAUGCAGAUCUCCUCUAGAGCAGUGAUGUUGUGGGGCUGUCGCUGGGCAACACGGACUUUCAACUCCCUCCAAAGAUUUUCUAUGGGGUUGAUAUCUGGAGACUGGCUAGGCCACUCCAGGACCUUAAAAUGCUUCUUACGAAGCCACUCCUUCGUUGCCCGGGCGGUGUGUUUGGGAUCAUUGUCAUGCUGAAAGACCCAGCCACGUUUCAUCUUCAAUGCCCUUGCUGAUGGAAGGAGGUUUUCACUCAAAAUCUCACGAUACAUGGCCCCAUUCAUUCUUUCCUUUACAUGGAUCAGUCGUCCUGGUCCCUUUGCAGAAAAACAGCCCCAAAGCAUGAUGUUUCCACCCCCAUGCUUCACAGUAGAUAUGGUGUUCUUUGGAUGCAACUCAACAUUCUUUGUCCUCCAAACACGACGAGUUGAGUUUUUUCCAAAAAAUUCUAUUUUGCUUUCAUCUGACCAUAUGACAUUCUCCCAAUCCUCUUCUGGAUCAUCCAAAUGCACUCUAGCAAACUUCAGACGGGCCUGGACAUGUACUGGCUUAAGCAGGGGGACACGUCUGGCACUGCAGGAUUUGAGUCCCUGGCGGCGUAGUAUGUUACUGAUGGUAGGCUUUGUUACUUUGGUCCCAGCUCUCUGCAGGUCAUUGACUAGGUCCCCCCGUGUGGUUCUGGGAUUUUUGCUCACCGUUCUUGUGAUCAUUUUGACCCCACGGGGUGAGAUCUUGCGUGGAGCCCCAGAUCGAGGGAGAUUAUCAGUGGUCUUGUACGUCUUCCAUGUCCUAAUAAUUGCUCCCACAGUUGAUUUCUUCAAACCAAGCUGCUUACCUAUUGCAGAUUCAGUCUUCCCAGCCUGGUGCAGGUCUACAAUUUUGUUUCUGGUGUCCUUUGACAGCUCUUUGGUCUUGGCCAUAGUGGAGUUUGGAGUGUGACUGUUUGAGGUUGUGGACAGGUGUCUUUUAUACUGAUAACAAGUUCAAACAGGUGCCAUUAAUAGAGGUAACGAGUGGAGGACAGAGGAGCCUCUUAAAGAAGAAGGUACAGGUCUGUGAGAGCCAGAAAUCUUGCUUGUUUGUAGGUGACCAAAUACUUAUUUUCCACCAUAAUUUGCAAAUAAAUUCAUUAAAAAUCCUACAAUGUGAUUUUCUGGAUAUUUUUUUCUCAAUUUGUCUGUCAUAGGUGACGUGUACCUAUGAUGAAAAUUACAGGACUCUCUCGUCUUUUUAAAUGGGAGAACUUGCACAAUUGGUGGCUGACUAAAUACUUUUUUCCCCCACUGUAUACACCACACACACACUGAGUAUACCAAACGUUAGGAACACCUUCCUAAUAUUGAGUUGCACUUUUGCUUUCAGAACAGCCUCAAAUCAUUGGGGCAUGCAAGGUGUCGAAAGCGUUCCACAGGGAUGCUGGCCCUAUGCAUCCCACGGUUGUGUCAAGUUGGCUGGAUGUCCUUUGGGUGGUGGACCAUUCUUGAUACACAGGGGAAACUGCUGAGCAUUAAAAACCCAGCAGCAUUGCAGUUCUUGACACAAACCUGUAUGCCUGGCACCUUCUACCAUGCCCCGUUCAAAGGCACUUAAAUAUUUUGUCUUGCCCAUUCACCCUCUGAAUGGCACACACACAAUCCAUGUCUCAAUUGUCUCAAGGCUUGAAAAUCCUUCUUUAGCCUGUCUCCUCCCCUUCAGCUACACUGAUUUGAAGUGUACUUAACACGUGACAUCAAUAAGGGAUCAUAGCUUUCACCUGGAUUUACCUGGUCAGUCUGUCAUGGAAAGAGCAGGUUGUUGAUGUUUAUUUUACUCAGUGUGUAUAUAUAUAUAUUUUAAUGUAUCCAGGUUCACAGUGCAGACUGAACAGAGGUCCCCGUACCGAAUGGUUCGGUACAUAUACAGUACAUAUACAGUACAUGUACAGUGUGGGAAAAAAGUAUUUGAUCCCCUGCUGAUUUUGUACGUUUGCCCACUGACAAAGAAAUUAUCAGUCAUAAUUUUAAUGGUGGGUUUAUUUGAACAGUGAGAGACAGAAUAACAACAAACAAAUCCAGAAAAACGCAUGUCAAAAAUGUUAUAAAUUGAUUUGCAUUUUAAUGAGGGAAAUAAGUGUUUUACCCCUCUGCAAAACAUGACUUAGUACUUGGUGGCAAAACCCUUGUUGGCAAUCAUAGAGGUCAGACGUUUCUUGUAGUUGGCCACCAGGUUUGCACACAUCUCAGGAGGGAUUUUGUCCCACUCCUCUUUGCAGAUCUUCUCCAAGUCAUUAAGGUUUCAAGGCUGACGUUUGGCAACUCAAACCUUCAGCUCCCUCCACAGAUUUUCAAUGGGAUUAAGGUCUGGAGAAUGGCUAGGCCACUCCAGGACCUUAAUGUGCUUCUUCUUGAGCUACUCCUUUGUUGCCUUGGCCAUGUGUUUUGGGUCAUUGUCAUGCUGGAAUACCCAUCCACAACCCAUUUUCAAUGCCCUGGCUGAGGGAAGGAGGUUCUCACCCAAGAUUUGAUGCUACAUGGCCCUGUCCAUCGUCCCUUUGAUGCGGUGAAGUUGUCCUGUCCCCUUAGCAGAAAACCCCCCCCCAAAGCAUAAUGGUUCCACCUCCAUGUUUGACGGUGGGGAUGGUGUUCUUUUGUGUCAUAGGUAGCAUUCCUCCUCCUCCAAACACGGCGAGUUGAGUUGAUGCCAAAGAGCUCCAUUUUGGUCUCAUCUGACCACAACACUUUCACCCAGUUCUUUUCUGAAUCAUUCAGAUGUUCAUUGGCAAACUUCAGAAGGGCAUGUAUAUGUGCAUUCUUGAGCAGGGGGACCUUGCGGGCGCUGCAAGAUUUCAGUCCUUCACGGCGUAGUGUAUUACCAAUUGUUUUCUUGGUGACUAUGGUCCCAGCUGCCUUGAGAUCAUUGACAAGAUCCUCCCGUGUAGUUCUGGGCUGAUUCCUCACCGUUCUCAUGAUCAUUGCAACUCCACGAGGUGAGAUCUUGCAUGGAGCCCCAGGCCGAGGGAGAUUGACAGUUAUUUUGUGUUUCUUCCAUUUGCGAAUAAUCGCACCAACUGUUGUCACCUUCUCACCAAGCUGCUUGGCGACUGUCAUGUAGCCCAUUCCAGCCUUGCGUAGGUCUACAAUCUUGUCUCUCACAUCCUUGGAGAGCUCUUUGGUCUUGGCCAUGGUGGAGAGUUUGGAAUCUGAUUGAUUGCUUCUGUGGACAGGUGUCUUUUAUACAGGUAAAAAGCUGAGAUUAGGAGCACUUCCUUUAAGAGAGUGCUCCUAAUCCCAGCUCGUUACCUGUAUAAAAGACACCUGGGAGCCAGACAUCUCUCUGAUUGAGAGGGGGUCAAAUACUUAUUUCCCUCAUUAAAAUGCAAAUCAAUUUAUAACAUUUUUGACAUGCGUUUUUCUGGAUUUUGUUGUUGUUAUUCUGUCUCUAACUGUUCAAAUAAACCUACCAUUAAAAUUAUAGACUGAUCAUGUCUUGGUCAGUGGGCAAAAUUACAAAAUCAGCAGGGGAUCAAAUACUUUUUUCCCUCACUGUACCGUCACACCCCUAGUCAGGGAGUAUAGAAAAUUCCAAAACCAAUUUACUUUUGUAAAUAUUUACGGUGAGGAAAUAUAACACAUUUUCAGUGCGGCCCCACGGACCUCGUUGAAGAAUGUAUGCGGCCCUCGGGCAAAAUGAGUUUGACAUCGAUCUGAACAUUCUGUACAUUUCCAUUCUCCUUAACAGGCCCCAGGUGUAGAUAAUCAAGUCAAACCAAUCAACCAAUAAUUAUUUUUGCAGAUGAGUAUAAAUAACUGACACUCAACUUCUGUAUCACUCUUUCAACAUGCAAAUGAAAAGGCCGAAAGCUGCAAUUAAUUUAUGAUGCCUGAAAAUACUGCGGAGACAUUCAAAGCCAUUUGCAAACAGGAGGUUGGAUGCUCAGAAAACCAACUUCAAACCUCUUUGUCCAUCUGAUUGUUCUUGUUUCAAACACACUAUACCACCUCUAAAGGGAUAGUUUACUCAGAAUACAAAUUUACAUCACCUUGGCUGUAGUUGAUUCAAGAAGGCAGUUUUGGGAUAUUUAGUUAGCUUAGACGAGUGGUCCCAACCUUUUCUGAGUCAAGAUCACUUUCAUUUUUUUUUUUAAACACUACUUCUGUAGCAAUGAGGUUUGUGCAGUAGGCUGUAGGCCCAAUACAUUAUCACUGCAUAUUGGCUAUGCUUGAACUGCCCUGCCAAUGUUCUUCUCAGACCAUUUUGAAAUUAUAUUUAAAAAUGUAUGGUAUAUGAUCACACUGGUAGUAGAUUAUUUCUUGUGAGGCACAGCUGUGCGAGCAUAAUCAUUUGCUUAUUUUUUUUACCAGACUGAUGGCCUGCAACUGAUGGUCAGUCUGAGGGGAGGGAGCAGCUGUGAGGCUGCCUCACACUACUCACCGUCCCUCCUCUCUCCCUCCCGCUGCUGAGAAAAGGGGACACAGUCUUCCAGCUGGUGGCGAAACUUAAGGCAUUACUUCUGCCGGGCACCAAUUCAUGUUACUCCUAUGACCAGAGAAAGUGAAAUAUUCCUCUAUUAAAGACUCAAGCUGCAAAUGAUAACACAAGCUUAUCGAAACGUGAAUUUUUUUGGCUUAUUAAACUGUUGAACAAAGUGUUGACAGUGCUGAGUAACUUAAACAUGAACAUGAACUUACUCAUAAAAGUCUUGGAUUUAAAAGUUAUGAAAUCUACAUUAUCAACUUUGCUGUGCGUAGGCCUAUAGGUGCACUUGAUUUGAUCUCUGGGUCUGCUGGGUAGGCAGAGUUCUACCUUCAGACACAUGUAAUGGUUCAAAAUGGGAACACUUUGCCUUCCCGGCGCUAGGGCUGCUGAAUCAAGUGCACCUGCCAUCAACAGCGCUAAAUGAAUACAAAAAAAUGGAACGCAAAGCUUUAUCAUUGGGGUUUUCACAGAAAUGUUUGGUGAUCGACUAGGAAUGGCUUGGAGAUCAACCAGUCGAUCGCGGUCGACUGGUUGGUGACCACUGCCUUAGACCCUUAACAGCCAUAUUUUAACAGUUAGCAUUCUGUGACAUAAAAAUUAGUUCCUGUGUAAUAACACUGUAAUUACUUUUAGAGCAUAUUUUAUUAGCAUGUUAUGUAAUACUUGGGCAAUUGCAUUUUAAUUGCAUAGCAAUGAGUUGGGAGUUUUUAACUAUUGUACAUGAGGAAUAGUGACUUUUCCUUAUUCUACUUGUGUAAUAACUCCAUAAUUAAAGCAAUUAUGAAGCAAUUUCUAAGGUCCUAUGUAACAAUGUUGCUGUUGUAGAAAACAAAGUUACUGUAUUACCUUAUGUCUCACUCAUUAUGGUGUAUAUCUUAGUCAUUUAGAAAAUGCACAAGUGUUCUACUCUAAUCUUGAGAUGAGUCCAUUUCCCUCACAAACUGAUUGCCUAGAUCUAGCUUAAAGAAACAAUAAACGUUCUCCCCUCCCCUGUUUUGGUAAAAAGCUGAGGGAUGGGGCUGGAGAAAUGUAAUCACUCAAAUGCAAGGACUGACCAUCCAUGAUAUCAACAUUAUAGUUUUAAUCAUGUUUUGAGGCUACAUAGUGUUACAUUUACUAAAUGUUUUUUACAAACAGAGUAAAACAAGCUUAUAUUUUGGUUUCUGAUGUUGUACGGCAGUUGAACUAAGCUCAUGAGGCAUUUAUAUGUUUCAUUCUUCAAGAAUCAAGUGGUACAUGUCAUUCAUUUAUAAGUCAAAAAAUGUAUGUAGCAACUGCAGAUUGCCUCUUUAAUGCCUGAAAGUGACCUGUAUCUGAUUUUUGUUUUGGCCAACAACAACAAUCCUAUUGGGUUUUACAGUCAUUGUUUUCCAUUAUUUUGAUCGGUAAGCAUGUUUGAAUUAGCAUUAGCAUGAUGUUUUUUGAUUAGCAUGUUUACAUUUUUUUCUUUAUUAAGUAUUUAAUUGUAGGCUAUAUAUUAAGAUUUAUAUCUGAAAGCGCUCCAAACAAUGUGCUAAGGAUCAUACAGUGCAUUAGGAAAGUAUUACGUUACAGCCUUAUUCUAAAAUUGAUUAAAUAAAAACAUGUCCUCAUCAAUCUACACACAAUACCCCAUAAUGACAAAGCGAAAACAGGAUUGUAGAAAAACAGAAAUACCUUAUUUAUAUAAGUAUUCAGACCCUUUGCUAUGAGACUCGAAAUUGAGCUCAGGUGCAUCCUCUUUCCAAUGAUCAUCCUACAGAUGUUUCUACAACCUGAUUGGAGUCCACCUGUGGUAAAUUCAAUUGAUUGGACAUGAUUUGGAAAGGCACACACCUCUCUACAGUGAGGGAAAGUGGCCUAGCCAGUCUCCAAACCUUAAUCCCAUAGAAAAUCUGUGGAGGGAGCUGAGGGUUCGAGUUGCCAAACGUCAGCCUCGAAACCUUAAUUACUUGGAGAAGAUCUGCAAAGAGGAGUGGGACAAAAUCCCUCCUGAGAAUGUAUGACCUCUGUGAUUGCCAACAAGUGUUUUGCCACCAAGUACUAAGUCAUGUUUUGCAGAGGGGUCAAAUACUUAUUUCCGUCAUUAAAAUGCAAAUCAAUUUAUAACAUUUUUGACAUGCGUUUUUCUGGAUUUUUUUGUUGUUAUUUUGUCUCUCACUGUUCAAAUAAACCUACCAUUAAAAUUAUAGACUGAUUAUGUCUUUGUCAGUGGGCAAACGUACAAAAUCAGCAGGGGAUCAACUACUUUUUUCCCUCACUGUAUAUAAGGUCCCACAGUUGACAGUGCAUGUCAGAGCAAAACCAAGCCUUGAGGCGAAGGAAUUGUCCGUAGAGCUCCGAGACAGGAUUAUGUCGAGGCACAGAUCUGGGGAAGGGUACCAAAAAAUGUCUGCGGCAUUGAAUGUCCCCAAGAACACAGUGGCCUCCAUCAUUCUUAAAUGGAAGAAGUUUGGAACCACCAAGAGUCUUCCUAGAGCUGGCCAAACUGAGCAAUCGGGGAGAAGGGCCUUGGUCAGGGAGGUGACCAAGAACCCGAUGGUCACUCUGACGGAGCUCCAGAGUUCCUCUGUGGAGGAGAUGGGAGAAUCUUCCAGAAGGACAACCAUCUCUGCAGCACUCCACCAAUCAGGCCGUUAUGGUAGAGGGGCCAGACGCAAGUCACUCCUCAGUAAAAGGCACAUGUCAGCCUGAUGAAACCAAGAUUGAACUCUUUGGACUGAAUGCCAAGCGUCACGUCUGGAGGAAACCUGGCACCAUCCCUACAGUGAAGCAUGAUGGUGGCAGCAUCAUGCUGUGGGGAUGUUUUUCAGCGGCAGGGACUGGGAGAGUAGUCAGGAUCGUGGGAAAGAUGAACGGAGCAAAGUACAGAGAUCCUUGAUGAAAACCUGCUCCAGAGCUCUCAGGACCUCAGACUGGGGCGAAGUUUCACCUUCCAACAGGACAAUGACCCUAAGCACACAGCCAAGACAACGGUCCCCAUCCAACCCGACAGAACUUGAGAGGAUCUGCAGAGAAGAAUGGGAGAAACUCCCCAAAUACAAGUGUGCCAAGCUUGAACAUUUUUUAUUUAAUCAAUUUUAGAAUAAGGCUGUAACGUAACAAAAUGUGAAGGGGUCUGAAUACUUUCCGAAUGCACUGUAUAUUUAGACUAAUUAAACUAACUUCAAGUAUUUGACCUGCCAUCAAAUAAAUAUUUGUUUUUGUUUUCAAAUAACUUGCAUAUAUUGAAAUACCUUCAAAUAUGAUUAGUAUUUCUGAGACCUGUAUUUGAAUAUCAAAGUAAAUAAUUGCCUUUAGUUAAUUCUCCAUAUUCGACUACCAUUUGACAAAUAAGUUAUUUUUUACAAAUAAACUACAAAAUACAACUAAUUUUCUUCCCAGGUCUGUUAUGCUCACAUCUGAGUAAUCUAAAAUGAAACUUCUUUAGACAUGGCACUAGGAUUCACUCAGAGUUCUGUGCAUUUAGUUUUGUGUUAUCAUCGGUGCUAGACUUGGGCCAGAACACACCAGUAUGGAGUAUCAGUACCUCAAAUUUCUUACUGCAUAAGUACUGGCUUAAAAACGUUGCCUAAAUGGUAUCGGCACCCAAAAUUGGUAUGACACCUAUUUCAGUCAACUUCAAGCAUAGGUUAUCGUGUUGAUGUAAGUCUGAGAAAUUGUGUGUUUGCUUGCAGUAACUCAGACGAUGAGUCCGGGCAUGGGUCAGGUUCCGGUUCGGGCUCAGGCUCCAGUUCCAGCAGCAGCAGUAGUAGUAAUUCAGACAGUAGCUCAGGAAGCGGCUCGGAUUCUGGCAGCCAGUCCGAUUCCGACUCGGAGAAAUCCAAGGAGAAGAACGAACCGGAAAGCAAAGCCAAGAUCGACGGGGCCGAGGUAGGAAUACCGACAUUCAACUGAAACCCCUGGCAUACAUGAAAUGUGAUUUUUAGAUUCAUUCACUGCAGUUUGCACAAUGUGAUACUGCCAGGUUGAAGUGAAAGAGUUCAGAUUGGACAUUUCAAACAACAUUUUAGAUCUCGGGCUGUAAGUAUCAAGCAUCUGAGUAGGAGUGCUGAUCCAGUACCAGGUCUCUCCUGUCCUUGUACUCAUUGUGAUAUAAAAUACAAAAUAUAUCCUAAAUAUGUUCUUCUACUCUGAGACGAUUGAUACAUAUGACCUUGGUCAACAGCCCCAUUAUGUAUUUCUGAUUUAACUAGAACUGUGUACUGUCCACAGGUGAACUGUCGUUGACUUACGGAUAACUCUGCCCUAUCUUAAUUCUAGUUUUGGAAGUCCAACCCAAGUAUCCUAGCAGUGCAAAGGUCCGCUAUGCUCAGGAAACAGCAACUCCAGCUGCAACAACAACAGAGCUCUUCUAACAGCGGAUCGGUGGGUGGUGUUGUCAAUCAUUUUACUUGCGGUCUUGACAUUCAGGUAAAUUUGCCAGUGGCACACCAGGCCAGUAGCAAGUGAAAACUACUGUCCCGAAUGAGUAAAUUACUGGCCCGGGCCAAAAUCACAUGAAAGCAAGUUAUGCACACAGAAUUUCAAUCAUGGGUGAUUUCAUGUUUCAUUUGCAGUCUGGGCAAGUACCUUUUUAUAGCCUGUAGCCAACCAUACGAUCUGAUAUUUAAACGGAUUGUUUGGAAAACAAAAAUAAAACCAUCCACCCUCUCAAUUACAUUAUUGAUCAUAGUAUGUUACUGGAAAAACGUAUGUGUUAUGGCUUUACACCCCCUGCUAUAUUGUGGAUAAAGUUACCUGUCUAACAGAACACAGAGGGUGUUCUUUAAUGGAGGCUUCUCAAACAAAAUCCAGGUAGAAUCAGGAAUUCCCCAGGGCAGCUGUCUAGCUGUUUUUUUUUUCAAUCUUUACUAACAACAUGCCACUGGCUUUGAGUAAAGCCACCACCAUGCUUCACCGACAGGAUGGUGCCAGGUUUCCUCCAGACGUGACACUUGGCAUUCAGGCCAAAGAGUUCAAUCUUGGUUUCAUCCGACCAGAGAAUCUCAUGGUUUGUCAUGGUCUGAGUGUCCUUUAGGUUCCUUUUGGCAAACUCCAAGCGGGCUGUCGAGCCUUUUACUGAGGAGUGGCUUCCGUCCGGCCACUCUACCAUAAAGGCAUGAUUGGUGACGUGCUUCUGGAAGGUUUCUCCCAUCUCCACAGAGCAACUCUGGAGCUCUGUCAGAGUGACCAUCAGGUUCAUGGUCACCUCCCUGACCAAGGCCCUUCUCCCCCGAUUGUUCAGUUUGGCCAGGCGGCCAGCUCUAGGAAGAGUCUUGGUGUUUCCAAACUUCUUCCAUUUAAGAAUGAUGGAGGCCACUGUGUUCUUGGGGACCUUCAAUACUGCAGAAAUGUUUUUGUACCCUUCCCCAGAUCUGUGCCUCGACAUAAUCCUGUCUCGGAGCGCUACAGACAAUUCCUUCGACCUCAUGGCUUGGUUUUUGCUCUGACAUGCACUGUCAACUGUGGGACCUUUAUAUAGACAAUUGUGUGCCUUUCCAAAUCAUGUCCAAUCAAUUGAAUUUACCACAGGUGGACUCCAAUCAAGUUGUAGAAACAUCUCAAGGAUGAUCAAUGGAAACAGGAUGCACCUGAGCUCAAUUUUCGGGUCUCAUAGCAAAGGGUCUGAAUACAUAUGUAAAUAAGGUAUUUCUGUUUUAUUUUUAAUACGUUUGCAAAAAUUUCAAGAAACCUGUUUUCACUUUGUCGCUAUGGGUUAUUGUGUGUAGAUUGAUGAGGAAAAAUGUUUUAGUUUUUUUAACAUUUUAGAAUAAGGCUGUAACGUCGCGACCGGGAGACCCAUGGGGCGGCGCACAAUUGGCCCAGGGUAGGGGAGGGAAUGGCCGGCAGGGAUGUAGCUCAGUUGGUAGAGCAUGGCGUUUGCAACGCCAGGGUUGUGGGUUUGAUUCCCACGGGGGGCCAGUAUGAAAUAAAACAAAUACAAAUAAUAGUUAUGUAUGCACUCACUAACUGUAAGUCGCUCUGGAUAAGAGCGUCUGCUAAAUGACUAAAAUGAAAAAUCAAGGGGUCUGAAUACUUUCCAUAUCCACUGUAUGAAACCAUUUAAAAUGUAAUAUUUCCCUCCAGAAAUGAGCCCAAUAACAUAUUGAUGAAAAGUAAUAUAUUUAGGGCCUGUACCUGGUCCAUAUUGCAGGCAGGUGUGCUAUUUUAGCAAUAAGCAUUAUCACAUGUAGCCUGAUGCAGCAUAGUGGCUACAUGGGCUAAUCAUUAACAAGAUCAGGCUUGUUGCAUAUUUAAUGUCCUAAAAAAUUCCCAUUGCCACUAGCCUAAUAAAAUCAUGUGAUUUCUUGUGUUUUAUAAGUGAAUAUAGUCCUACCGUUUUAAGCACUUGAAUGGCCGUGAACUUUUUUUAUUGUCAUGCCAGACACUCUGCCAAUUGCAGAAACAUUUUAGUUGAGAAAUAAAUAAAUCAGCACUGGAAGCUGGGAUCCCGCUCUUUUCAAUAAUUACCAUUAAAACUGUUGGCUUUUCCCGAGAUUGCAUUUAGGAAUGUUGCGCAGUGACUGGGCUUAUUAGAACACAUUUCUUUCCAUGCAGCAAUCAUCUGUAUGAGAAGUUGCGCGCUCUUGCCACCCGACAGUUGAUAUUCCGCUAAUAAAUAAACGACAUAGCUCAUUAACAGCUUCGAGAAUUGCUCUGUUUUUUAUGCAAUUAUAUAGACUACAGAAUAGCAUUAUUACAAUAUUGAUUAAAACAUUUCUGUAUUUUUUAACCAAGUGAUUUGUGUAAAUCUUUCUUUGCUAAUAAUGACAUUGCUGUGUAGGAUGUCUAAUAUAAAAGACUGAAAAGCAGGUGGAGAACUUUUAUUCUGUGAUUGGGGAAUGUGUGUGCCGAUGUUAAACUAUGCAGGUCUUGCGCGAGUAUCCAGGCCGUACUGAGGCGUGGCUCACUCGAGACCGAGAGGAAAGGCUUUGACAUUCUUGCCUCUGCUUGGAAACUGAAUGCUGGUUGAAAACAAGUGUGAAGUGUCAGAUGUCGGGGAGAUUGUGAAGGAUUAAAUAUAAAUAUACAUAAUUUUCUGUUUUGGUGUUUGAAAAUGUUCUGGCCCAAGCGGGCCAUAUGAAGCUUGAUUAGAUAUUGCCAGGCCAGCGGGCAGCCCUGAAUUUCAAGCCCUGUACUUACAGUGGCUUGCGAAAGUAUUCACCCCCUUGGCAUUUUUCCUAUUUUGUUGCCUUACAACCUGGAAUUAAAAUUGAUUUUCUGGGGGUUUGUAUCAUUUGAUUUACACAACAUGCCUACCACUUUGAAGAUGCAAAAUAAAAUAAAAAGUGAAACAAACAAGAAAUAAGACAAAAAACUGAACUUGAGCGUGCGUAACUAUUCACCCCCCCCAAAGUCAAUACUUUGUAGAGCAAUUACAGCUGCAAGUCUCUUGGGGUAUGUCUCUAUAAGCUUGGCACAUCUAGCCACUGGGAUUUUUGCCCAUUCUUCAAGGCAAAACUACUCCAGCUCCUUCAUGUUGGAUGGGUUCUGCUGGUGUACAGCAAUCUUAGUCAUACCACAGAUUCUCUAUUGGAUUGAGGUCUGCGCUUUGAUUCCAAGACAUUUAAAUGUUUCCCCUUAAACCACUCAAGUGUUGCUUUAGCAGUAUGCUUAGGGUCAUUGUCCUGCUGGAAGGUGAACAUCCGUCCGAGUCUCAAAUCUCUGGAAAACUGAAACAGGUUUCCCUCAAGAAUUUCCCUGUAUUUAGCGCCAUCCUUCAAUUCUGACCAGUUUCCCAGUCCCUGCCGAUGAAAAACAUCCCCACAGCAUGAUUCUGCCACCAGGAUUGUGUUCUCGGGGUGAUGAGAGGUGUUGGGUUUGCGCCAGACAUAGCGUUUUCCUUGAUGGCCAAAAAGCUCAAUUUUAGUCUCAUCUGACCAGAGUACCUUCUUCCAUAUGUUUGGGGAGUCUCCCACAUGCCUUUUGGCGAACACCAAAAGUGUUUGCUUAUUUUUUUUCUUUAAGCAAUGGCUUUGUUCUGGCCACUCUUCCGUAAAGCCCAACUCUGUGGAGUGUAUGGCUUAAAGUGGUCCUACGGACAGAUACUCCAAUCUCUGCUGUGGAGCUUUGCAGCUCCUUCAGGGUUAUCUUUGGUCUCUUUGCUGCCUCUCUGAUGAAUGCCCUCCUUGCCUGGUCCGUGAGUUUGGGUGGGCGGCCCUCUCUUGGUAGGUUUGUUGUGGUACCAUAUUCUUUCCCUUUUUUUAAUAAUGGAUUUAAUGGUGCUCCGUGGGAUGUUCAAAGUUUCGGAUAUUCUUUUAUAACCCAACCCUGAUCUGUACUUCUCCACAACUUUGUCCCUGACCUGUUUGGAGAGCUCCUUGGUCUUCAUGGAGCUGCUUGCUAGGUGGUGCCUCUUGCUUAGUGGUGUUGCAGACUCUGGGGCCUUUCAGAACAGGUGUGUAUAUAUACUGAGAUCAUGUGACAGAUCAUGUGACACUUAGAUUGCACACAGGUGGACUUUAUUUAACUAAUUAUGUGACUUCUGAAGGUAAUUGGUUGCACCAGAUCUUAUUUAGGGGCUUCAAAGCAAAGAGGGUGAAUACAUAUGCGCGCACCACUUUUCCGUUAUAAAUUUUUUAGAAAUAAAUAUUUUUUCAUAUUAAAUAUUUUUUUAAUUUCACUUCACCAAUUUGCACUAUUUUGUGUAUGUCCAUUACAUGAAAUCCAAAUAAAAAUCCAUUUAAAGUACAGGUUAUAAUGCAACAAAAUAGGACAAAUGCCAAGGGGGAUGAAUACUUUUGCAAGGCACUGUACAUCACUGUUCAUUGGCAAAGGUGUAUUCUUAUUUGGCUCAAACUCUGUAAAAACCGGAGAUUUUUCAUCUAAAAGUUGGAAUGAAAUGUCGCUCAGUUUUAUAGCUUGGUGUUUGGUGGUAGUAAUUUUUCUCGGGCAUUCUUUCAUUUGACGGUUUUCAUUGAUUGGGAAACUCAUUAUUUUGUGCUAGUAUAGGAUAUAACGCACAAUAUUUCACCUAGGUAGGCCAGCACAAUAUUUGUUUUUUGGGACUUUUUUGUGUUUUUAUAAUCGUUUUUCCAUUGCUUUUCAGGAUUCGUCCAGCAGUGACAAUUCAGAUGACUCAUCAGGUGGAAAGAGAAGAAAGUUAGUUGUGCUCCCCGACAUAAAAUCAAUUGCGCUGUAGACUGACUGUUCAUUGGUAUAAUGCUUCUCUCCAUCCAUCUUUAGAUCAGGUUCUGGAUCGUCCUCCAGGUCUGGAUCAGGGUCCGUGAGUGGUUCCGGCUCUGACUCAUCAGCACAGGAACAGGCGCGCAGCGAAGAGUCCGACAAUUACCACCCCAGUCACAAAGUCAAAAGUAGAAAGCCUCCAACCAAGUAAGUGUUUGGUUUUUCCUUUGAAAGCUGUUUCAUGCCAAUACAAUAAUGACUAUUUCUAUCAUCACAUUAAGACUUCUACUUUUCACCCUUUCAAUGUGGAAAUAGUCAAUUUUCAAUUUAAGUUCCUUUAUCGCCUCAUACCUAUUAGGUCCAUUGUUGUCUUGGAUCAGUUUGAUUUAGCACUAGUAUCAGCAUGGUAACUAUUUCUGUAUGCAAACCAAUCCUUUUAGAAUGGAUGCUCAGCAACAAUUUAUCAAUUAGACUCUCAAUGCACACUGACACUAAAGAUCUAAAUGACCUUUUCUAAUGGGAGACGAGAGUUUACACUCUCUCAGCCAUUGGCCAGAACCCUGAUGGAUUGCAAUGCAUUAUCAAAUUAAAUGUUGGGUCCAUAUGUUGGAGCACCACUGUCUGGUACUGUGCAACUCUAAUAUUCUCAAAGCAAUCGCCCAGAAGUCAUGCGUCCGUCCACUCUCUCCCUUCAGGGCAAACACCAGAAACGAGAAGAAGAGCAACGUGCAGAGGAAAAAGCCCUCGGCGGGCUCGUCAUCGGACGACGGCAAGAAAUCGUCAUCGAACCAGGGGCCCAGGCGCCAGGCCACGCAGAACGUCAGCUACAAGGAGGACGACGAGGCGAAGACAGACUCAGACGACCUGGUGGAGGUGUGCGGGGAGGACGUACCCCCGCCGGAUGAGAAUGAGUUUGAGACCCUGGAGCGAGUGAUGGAGACGCGGCUAGGGAGGAGAGGAGGUAAGGAGCAAAGCUAUGUAUUGUGGAACCCGGGUUCAAAUUACAGGGGUGUUGGCGAGGCCAGGCACUGCCAUAACAAAUCAUGGUCACCUCAAAAAAAUAUAUGAAUAUAAACUGUUAUUUUGAUGAUAUGCCCAUGCACGCCAUAACAAGUCAGGGCACCCCCCCCCCAUAACCAUGCAAAGAUUAACGUGGGCACAUACAGUGGGGAGAACAAGUAUUUGAUACACUGCCGAUUUUGCAGGUUUUCUUACUUACAAAGCAUGUAGAGUGUCUGCAUGUCUGUAAUUUUUAUCAUAGCUACACUUCAACUGUGAGAGACAGAAUCUAAAACAGAAAUCCAGAAAAACACAUUGUACGAUUUUUAAGUAAUUAAUUAGCAUUUUAUUGCAUGACAUAAGUAUUUGAUCACCUACCAACCAGUAAGAAUUCCGGCUGUCACAGACCUGUUAGUUUUUCUUUAAGAAGCCCUCCUGUUCUCCACUCAUUACCUGUAUUAACUGCACCUGUUUGAACUCGUUACCUGUAUAAAAGACACCUGUCCACACACUCAAUCAAACAGACUCCAACCUCUCCACAAUGGCCAAGACCAGAGAGCUGUGUAAGGACAUCAGGGAUAAAAUUGUAGACCUGCACAAGGCUGGGAUGGGCUACAGGACAAUAGGCAAGCAACUUGGUGAGAAGGCAACAACUGUUGGCGCAAUUAUUAGAAAAUGGAAGAACUUCAAGAUGACGGUCAAUCACCCUCGGUCUGGGGCUCCAUGCAAGAUCUCACCUCGUGGGGCAUCAAUGAUCAUGAGGAAGGUGAGGGAUCAGCCCAGAACUACACGACAGGACCUGGUCAAUGACCUGAAGAGAGCUGGGACCACAGUCUCAAAGAAAACCAUUAGUAACACACUACGCCGUCAUGGAUUAAAAUCCCCCUGCUCAAGCCAGUGCAUGUCUAGGCCCGUCUGAAGUUUGCCAAUGACCAUCUGGAUGAUCCAGAGGAGGAAUGGGAGAAGGUCAUGUGGUCUGAUGAGACAAAAAUAUAGCUUUUUGGUCUAAACUCCACUCGCCUUGUUUGUGGAAGAAGAAGGAUGAGUACAACCCCAAGAACACCAUACCAACCGUGAAGCAUGGAGGUGGAAACAUCAUUCUUUGGGGAUGCUUUUCGGCAAAUGGGACAGGACGACUGCACCGUAUUGAGGGGAGGAUGGAUGGGGCCAUGUAUCGCGAGAUCUUGACCAACAACCUCCUUCCCUCAGUAAGAGCAUUGAAGAUGGGUCAUGGUUGUUUCUUCCAGCAUGACAACGACCCGAAACACACAGCCAGGGGAACUAAGGAGUGGCUCCGUAAGAAGCGUUUCAAGGUCCUGGAGUGGCCUAGCCAGUCUCCAGACCUGAACCCAAUAGAAAAUCUUUGGAGGGAGCUGAGAGUCUGUAUUGCCCAGCGACAGCCCCGAAAUCUGAAGGAUCUGGAGAAGGUCUGUAUGGAGGAGUGGGCCAAAAUCCCUGCUGCAGUGUGUGCAAACCUGGUCAAGACCUACAGGAAACGUAUGAUAUCUGUAAUUGCAAACAAAGGGUUCUGUACCAAAUAUUAAGUUCUGCUUUUCUGAUGUAUCAAAUUUCAUGCAAUAAAAUGCAAAUGAAUUACUUAAAUAUCAUACAAUGUGAUUUUCUGGAUUUUUGUUUUAGAUUCUGUCACUCACAGUUGAAGUGUACCUAUGAUAAAAAUUACAGACCCCUACAUGCUUUGUAAGUAGGAAAACCUGCAAAAUCGGCAGUGUAUCAAAUACUUGUUCUCCCCACUGUAGGUGUGAAUUGCAGUGAAUGUAUCAUUCGAACCCUACCCGCUCCCAUACUUGUACUCACACUCAUUAUUUUCCCCCCAAAGCAACGGGAGGCACCACCACAGUGUACGCAGUGGAGGCAGACGGAGACCCCAACGCCAACUUCAAUGUCAGCAAGGAGGCGGGUGACCAGCAGUACCUGAUAAAGUGGAAAGGCUGGUCCCACAUCCACAACACCUGGGAGACGGAGGAGACGCUCAAGCUGCAGAACGUCAAGGGCAUGAAGAAACUGGAUAACUUCAAGAAGAAGGAAUCGGACAAGCGGAAAUGGUAAGAUAAGAAAUGCUUAAUUGGUUUGUCAAUCAUCAGCGUAUUCACAGUCACGAAAAAAGAAAAUCAAUAAUGAAAAAGGUAAAAACAUCAGAAGUCAACUGUCCGAUGGUGAGGUGGCCUUGGCUAUUGGUGAAAGAGGCAUUUUUGUGUUUUUGGGAUAAGAGUUUGACUAGGUACAGUGAGGGAACAAAGUAUUUGAUCCCCUGCUGAUUUUGUAUGUUUGCCAACUGACAAAGAAAUGAUCAGUCUAAUUUUAAUGGUAGGUUUAUUUGAACAGUGAGAGACAGAAUAAAGAACAAAAAAAUCCAGAAAAACGCAUGUCAAAAAUGUUAUACAUUGAUUUGUAUUUUUAAUGAGGGAAAUAAGUAUUUGACCCCCUCUCAAUCAGAAAGAUUUCUGGCUCCCAGGUGUCUGUUAUACAGGUAACUAGCUGAGAUUAGGAGCACACUCUUAAAGGGAGUGCUCCUAAUCUCAGUUUUUUACCUGUAUAAGACACCUGUCUACAGAAGCAAUCAAUCAAUCAGAUUCCAAACUCUCCACCAUGGCCAAGACCAAAGAGCUCUCCAAGGAUGUCAGGGACAAGAUUGUAGACAUACACAAGGCUGGAAUGGGCUACAAGACCAUCGUCAAGCAGCUUGGUGAGAAGGUGACAAAUGGAAGAAACACAAAAGAACUGUCAAUCUCCCUCGGCCCGGGGCUCCAUGCAAGAUCUCACCUCGUGGAGUUGCAAUGAUCAUGAGAACGGUGAGGAAUCAGCCCAGAACUACACGGGAGGAUCUUGUCAAUGAUCUCAAGGCAGCUGGGACCAUAGUCACCAAGAAAACAAUUGGUAAAACACUACGCCGUGAAGGACUGAAAUCCUGCAGCGGCCGCAAGGUCCCCCUUUCUCAAGAAAGCACAUAUACAGGGCCGUCUGAAGUUUGCCAAUGAACAUCUGAAUGAUUCAGAGGAGAACUGGGUGAAGUUGUGGUCAGAUGAGACCAAAAUGGAGCUCUUUGGCCUCAACUCGCCGUGUUUGGAGGAGGAGGAAUGCUGCCUAUGCCCCCAAGAACACCAUCCCCAGUGUCAAACAGGGAGGUGGAAACAUUAUGCUUUGGGGGUGUUUUUCUGCUAAGGGGACAGGACAACUUCACCGCAUCAAAGGGACGAUGGACGGGGCCAUGUACCGUCAAAUCUUGGGUGAGAACCUCCUUCCCUCAGCCAGGGCAUUGAAAAUGGGUUGUGGAUGGGUAUUCCAGCAUGUCAAUGACCCAAAACACACGGCCAAGGCAACAACGUAGUAGCUCAAGAAGAAGCACAUUAAGGUCCUGGAGUGGCCUAGCCAAUCUCCAGACCUUAAUCCCAUUGAAAAUCUGUGGAGGGAGCUGUGGGUUCGAGUUGCCAAACGUCAGCCUCGAAACCUUAAUGACUUGGAGAAGAUCUGCAAAGAGGAGUGGGACAAAAUCCCUCCUGGGAUGUGUGCAAACCUGGUGGCCAACUACAAGAAACGUCUGACCUCUGUGAUUGCCAACAAGGGUUUUGCCACCAAGUACUAAGUCAUGUUUUGCAGAGGGGUCAAAUACUUAUUUCCCUAAUUAAAAUGCAAAUCGAUUUAAUAAUAUUUUUGACAUGCGUUUUUCUGGAUUUCUUUGUUGUUAUUCUGUCUCUCACUGUUCAUAUAAACCUACCAUUAAAAUUAUAGACUGCUCAUUUCUUUGUCAGUGGGCAAACGUACAAAAUCAGCAGGGGAUCAAAUACUUUUUUCCCUCACUGUAUGGUUUCUCACCAUAUUUUGUUCUUCUCCUCAGGAUUCAAUGUUCUUCACCAGAGGAUGUGGAGUACUUUAACUGUCAACAGGAGCUCAUGGAUGAUUUGCACUCACAAUAUCAGCUGGUGGAGAGGAUAAUUGGUGAGAUGUCCUACUGCUAAGCAUUCCUUCCGUUGUAAAUAGUUUGUGACUCGGACGUAGAAUUGAGAUGUAUAGAGCAGAUUACACUACUACAUGCAAAGUUUAAAAUAUUGUGGUCGUUCUAUAAACAACAUUCUUAAAGUAUCGUCAAAACAUUUUGUUUUGAUUGGGAAUUGCACUUUUUUAACAUGUAUUUUGAUUUGAUCUCACCCAGGGCAUUCGAAUCAGAAGUCGGCGGCAGGUUUCCCGGACUACCUGUGCAAAUGGCAGGGCCUGCCGUAUUCUGAGUGCAGCUGGGAGGACGGAGCCCUCAUCUCCAGAAAGUACCAGAAAAGCAUAGAUGACUACAUGCGCAGAAACCAGUCCAAGUCCAUUCCCUCCAGAGAUUGCAUG